AUGUUCGUUAACCGAUCACCUACUAAUUCAUUAAAAAAGAAGGAUAUUGUCCAUAACAAAUUUUCAACUGGUUUAUUUUGGAAGUGCAUGCCGAAUUGUACCUACAUUACGAAAGAAGAGAAAAAUAUUCCUGGGCAUAAACCCAUGAAAGACCGAUUGGCGUUACUUUUGGGAGCUAAUGCUAGCGGUGAUAUGAAGCUUAUCCCGCUUCUUGUCUAUCACUCUGAGAACCCUAGAGCAUUCAAAAAAAAUUCCAUAAUUAAAGAAAAACUGCCAGUGAUGUGGAGAUCGAAUAAAAGGGCAUGGGUCACGCAGGCUCUUUUCAAAGAAUGGCUGUUUGAAGUUUGUGCUCCGAGCAUCAAGGAUUACUUUCAGACCAAUGAAUUGCCAUUAAAAGCACUGUUGCUAUUGGAUAAUGUACCAGGACACCCAAAAGACCUUGAAGAUAAUUUGCUGGAAGACUUUCCCUGGCUGACAGUUCAGUUUCUACCUCCGAAUACUACUUCGUUGAUUCAACCAAUGGAUCAAGAGGUUAUUGCAGGUUUCAAGAAAUUGCACAUUCGAGCACUGUUUUGUCAGUGUUUUGAAGCAUGCCAGUUCUCCUCAACGAUGACAUUAAAAACGUUUUGGAAAGAAAAAUUUGAUAUUCUUGAAGCUAUACGGCUCAUUCAAAAGGCAUGGUCAGAAGUCACUCAACGACAGUUGAAUUCUGCUUGGCGAAAGCUGUGUCCCUCCUGCAUUCAGAGAUGAUGUCCCUGAAAUUAUGGAUGAAAUUGUGAAAACUGCUAGCGAUCUGGAAUUGGAAGUAAAUAAAGAUGACAUUGAUAAAGAUGAGCUCAUAAUGGAAUCUGAAACUGAUCUGACAACAGAAGAACUCCAAGAAUACUUAAAUGAAGAA